AUGGUUGCCGCCAAGCUCCUCUUCGUCUCCCUUUUUGCCCUCGGCCAGGGCGUGAUGGGUCUCGCUGCUGCUGCGACGGUGAUGUCAUGGAUCAAGGUCGGCAAGGAGACGGCCAGCAAGAUUGACUCCCUCAACUCCUCCGACUCCGACAAGCUCGAGGAAGCCGUCAACUCUCUCUCCCAGAUAGUCUUCUCCUCCCUGCUUGACGGAUUUGUCGCCAAGAAGUCUGUCUUCCAAAAAGCUGUCCUAGGCCGCUCUGCCGACGGUCUCGUCGAGAAAGACCUCAGGGACCUCAAGGAUGCCACCGAUGGAUUCGGAAAUGCCAUCAUCAGUAUCAUCUCUAGCGACUUCAAGAAGGAUGCUCCUCACAUCGUGGAGGACCUCGACAACCACUUCGACCAUGCGAUCAAGGCUUUCUCGUCUUGA